GACAGACAGACAGACAGACAGACAGACAGACAGACAGACAGACAGACAGGACAGAGCUAUAGGUGGAAGGAAUCUGUGGUUAAAGUGUGAGCUUGUCCGACGGCGGCGGCUGUCUGUCUGAGAGGAAGUUGCAUUGUGGGUUGUAUGUCUGACUGAACACUGAAAGCACCACAGGUCUCUCUACGAUCCUCUGCUGCAAGUCAGAGGAUGUUACUGGACACAGGCUGUUCGUGGUUACCUUGACCAAUGUUUUAGGUUGUGGUUUAAUGUUCCUAUCAAAUAAACCAAUGAAAUCCUAUUUUGGCUCUCUGAACAGCCGUGGGCGGGACAUCAUGCUGUUGAUUGAUGGGAUGCCUGCCGUCAGCGUCCAAUCAGAGUCUCUGGAGCCUCAGAGAACGCCCCAGACAGAGCCUGUAGACCUGUCCACCAGCAGCUCCAGGACAUCUCCGACAUCCACAGGAUCCCUGUGCCCCCUACCGUCCACCUCCAUCACCAAGCCUUCCUCAUCAUCUUCCUCCUCCUCUGUCAUUACGUAUGUCCCAAAUACUCCGGCUAUAUCAGCGGCAGGUCCCGGCAUGAGAGUCCUUUGUGGUUAUGUCCGAGAGUACCUCCUCACACCCCUCUCCUCCAGCCCCGCCCCUCUUCAGGCCCUCCGUACGCCCGUAGUGGUACGGCCCACACCCCUGCUCUACACCAACCCAGCACACAGCAGAACCCUGCUGGUACCCCGACGUCCACAUCACGGUCACCAUGGUGACGGCCAGGAUGAUGAGCUGCCGACAACGAGACUGGACAGUGUGACAGAGAUGGGACAGGUUGUAACCAGAGUGAGCCAUGACUCCAUGUUAGCCGGUGGUAUCCAGAGCAUGCGGGUAGGUCAUGUGACCAGGUCAGAGGUCAGGGGGCGUGUCCGUAGGUGUGUCCACAGGUGUGAGUUUUACGGCUGUAACAAGGAGUACACCAAGCGUUCCCACCUCAAGGCCCACAGACGCACACACACAGGUGAGAAGCCGUAUAAGUGCACGUGGGACGGGUGCACAUGGCAUUUUGCCCGUUCUGACGAGCUGACCCGCCAUUACAGGAAACACACGGGGGUGAAGCCCUUCAGGUGCGGCGACUGCCAACGCUCCUUUUCCCGCUCAGAUCACCUGGCCCUGCACAGACGCAGACACACACUGAUCUGAGGAGGGACCUGGCCCUGCACAGACGCAGACACACACUGAUCUGAGGAGGGACCUGGCCCUGCACAGACACACACUGAUCUGAGGAGGGACCUGGCCCUGCACAGACGAAGACACACACUGAUCUGAGGAGGGACGGACGCAUGGACGGAAAGACAGACGGACGGACGGACGGACGGACGGACGGACGGACGGACGGACGGAGGGACGGACGGACGGACGGACGGACGGACGGACGGACGGA